CACAAACCAAACAAAACCUUAUUAUUUCUUCUCUCUAUUCCAUUAUAUUUAUAUAUAUAUAUUUAUAUAUUUUGAUCAUCAAAUUAAGCAAAAAUGUUUGGGAUAGUGAAGCCUCCCUCAAUCUUUGGUGGUAAUAAGAAGAUUAAAGGGAAUGUGGUUUUGAUGAAGAAAAAUGUGUUGGAUUUCAAUGACAUGAGGAAUGGUAUUAUUGAUCCUUUGAGUGAAUUGUUGGGUCAAAGAGUUUCUCUUCAACUCAUUAGCUCUGUUCAAACUCACACUGGUAAUGAGCUGAAAGGGAAGCUUGGAAAAGAAUCAUACUUGGAGAAUUGGACAAAUAUACUAACCCUUUUUCCAUUGUUAGCUGGGGAAUCAGCUUAUAGUGUUCAUUUUGAAUUGGAAGAAGGAUUUGGUGUUCCUGAGGCUUUUGUCAUUAACAACAAUCACACUACUGAGUUCUUUCUUAAGUCUCUUACUCUUGAAGAUGUUCCUGAUCAAGGCCAAGUUCAUUUUGUUUGUAAUUCUUGGGUUUACCCUGCUAAUCACUACAACUAUGAUCGUGUUUUCUUCAGGAACAAGACAUAUCUUCCUCAUCAAACACCAGCCCCAUUGAUCUGGUAUAGAGAACAAGAACUGGUUUACCUCAGAGGAAAUGGAACAGGAGAACGUAAGGAUGGUGAUAGAAUCUAUGACUAUGAUUUUUACAAUGAUUUGGGUAAUCCAGACAAGGGCGAAAAACAUGUCAGACCAAUUCUUGGAGGGACUAGUGAGUACCCUUAUCCUCGUAGAGGAAGAACUGGAAGACCACCAACCAAGACAGAUCCCAACAGUGAGAGUAGGGACAUUGAUCUUCUGAAUUUGAACUUUUACAUUCCAAGAGAUGAGCGGUUUGGUCAUUUGAAGAUGUCAGAUUUCCUUGUUAACACAUUGAAAUCAGUUGCUUUAAUCAUUAAACCUGCCAUUGAGUCAUUAUUUGACAGAACCCCAGCUGAGUUUGAUAGCUUCAAAGAUGUACUCAGUUUGUAUGAAGGUGGUUUUCCUCUACCACUUACAGUGUUUGAGACAAUAAGCAAAAAUGUACCUUUGGAAACAUUGAAAGACCUUUUUCGAGCUGAUGGUACCCGAUUUCUCAAAUAUCCCAUGCCCCAUGUGAUCAAAGAGGACAAGGCAGCAUGGAUGACAGAUGAGGAGUUUGGAAGAGAAAUGUUGGCUGGAGUUAACCCUGUUGUCAUUCGUCGUCUCCAAGAAUUUCCACCAACAAGCAAACUUGACCCUUCAAUCUAUGGCAAUCAAACUAGUAACAUCACUGAAUCACACAUAAUCAACAACUUGGAUGGUUUAUCAGUGAAUGAGGCACUUGAGCAAAACAAGCUGUACAUAUUGGAUCACCAUGAUAGUUUCAUGCCAUUCGUGAGGCGAGUCAAUGAUACAACUUCAUCAAAGAUUUAUGCCACCAGAACACUUUUGUUCCUAACCAAUGAUGGUACUUUGAAGCCAUUGGCAAUUGAACUAAGCUUACCACAUCCAAAUGGCGAUGCUUUAGGUGCUGUUAGCAAAAUUUGUACACCAGCCGAGCAAGGCGUUGAAAGUACCAUUUGGCAACUUUCUAAAGCUUAUGUCACUGUUAAUGACUAUGGUCAUCACCAACUUGUUAGUCAUUGGUUGAAUACUCAUGCAGUAGCUGAGCCAUUCGUGCUAGCAACAAACCGACAGCUUAGUGUUUUACACCCAAUUCACAAGCUGUUGCACCCUCACUUUCGCGACACCAUGAAUAUCAAUGCACUUGCUAGGCAACUUCUUGUUAAUGGAGGUGGUAUUAUUGAGUCAGUGGUUUUCCCUGGAAAAUAUUCCAUGGAAAUAUCUUCAGCUGCUUAUAAGAAUUGGAAUUUAGCUGAACAAGCACACCCAGCUGAUCUCAUCAAGAGGGGGGUGGCAGUUGAGGAUCCAAGUUCACCACAUGGUGUUCGGCUACUGAUAGAGGACUAUCCAUAUGCUGUUGAUGGACUCGAAAUAUGGGCUGCAAUGAAAAAUUGGGUUCAAGAGUACUGUUCUUUCUACUACAAAAGUGAUGAAAUUGUUCAAAACGACAAAGAACUCCAAGCAUGGUGGAAGGAGCUCAGAGAGGUCGGUCAUGGUGACUUAAAAGACAAGUCAUGGUGGCCGAGCAUGCAGACUCGCGAAGAGUUAGUUGAGACAUGCACCACAGCUAUAUGGACUACUUCUGCUCUUCAUGCAGCUGUCAAUUUCGGGCAAUAUCCUUAUGGAGGGUACAUUCCAAACCGUCCCACAAUAAGCAGGCGACUCAUGCCUGAAGAGGGUACUCGUGAAUAUGAAGAGCUUAAAACAAAUCCAGAGAAGGCUUUCUUGAGAACCAUCACUUCUGAGCUGCAGAGCUUAGUUGAGAUUUCCAUUAUUGAGGUCUUGUCUAAGCAUGCUUCUGAUGAAGUCUAUCUUGGCGAAAGAGAAGAAAAAUGGACAGCAGAAGCUGAACCUUUGCAGGCCUUUGAGAGAUUUGGAAGGAGACUUUCCGAAAUUGAAGAUGGAAUUGUUAAGAGGAACAAUGAUGCAACAUUGAAGAACAGGUAUGGGCUUGUUAAGUUCCCAUACAAUCUUCUCAUUCCUAAUGGCGAAAUUGGUAUUGCAGCCAAAGGAAUUCCCAACAGUAUCUCUAUCUAAAAAGCUUCUGAUCUCUUCUUACUCUUGUUGCUAUCUAUAUAUUAACUUCUACUUCUCUAUAUAUUAUGAGGAGGAAGUUAAUGAUGAACUCUUUGUUUGUAUGGUCUUGUUUGAGCUUGUUUCUCAUUUGAAUAAAUAAAGAUCUGAAGCUUAGUAUUUAAAAAAGAAA